GCCCCCGUCGACUGCUCACCUGCGGCGGCGGCGGCCGCCAUGUCGGCGGGACGCGGCUGGUAGGCGGCAGCUGGGACGCCCCCCGGGCUCCAGCCCCUGCUGUGGUGGAGCGAGAAUGAUGAAGUCCUCCAUACAUACAGAAGAAGAUGACUUUGUGCCAGAGCUUCAGAGAAGCAUCCAUCCCAGAGAGAGGCCAGACUGGGAGGAGACUCUCAGUGCUAUGGCAAGAGGUGCAGAUAUCCCUGACCUCCCAGGGGAGCUGCCACUCCGGACCUGUGGCAGCACAGCAAGUAUGAAAGUGAAGAAUGUAAAAAAAUACAUCAACCCGGGACUGAUGGGCUGUGAUGCCUUUCACAGGUUAUCCUUUACCAAGGGUCACUUCCCGAAGAUGGCUGAAUGUGCACAUUUCCAUUAUGAAAACGUGGACUUUGGCAACAUACAGCUUUCACUCCCGGAGGAACAGAAUGAAGUAACCAGAAACGGCUGUGAAUCCAAGGAACUGGUGUACCUGGUGCAGAUCUCUUGUCAGACUUUGUGGCUUACCUUUUAAAAAGACUCCAUCAGCAUAUUAGAUACUAC